CAACAGACCGGGUUUUCUCUCCAGUGAGCUCUGAUAGGCGACACUUGUGCUCCGCUAGUGGCCACCUAACAAUCGCAUCCGGUCCUGUAUUUGCUACCUUUAAAUUGUUAGCUCAUAUUCAAUCUAGUACUGGCGUGAAGAUGUUAUACAUUUCGUUAACCGCGUUGUUCGCGGUUUUUCUAGCAGUUCAUGCUGUGCCAACCCCUUCAAACAGCAAGGAUGCCGGUCCAAUUGGUGAACUACCUGAAAAUUGGGACCAAGCAAAAGACGACACACAGUCUUUAUUCCUCAACAAGAGCGACAAAAACGAUUUGGAACCGUAUCCGCUCGCGCUCAGCGAAGAAGGCAACUCUGAAGGCUAUGAACAGGGCGUGGCGCAGCGUUAUGAUGUAGCUCCACCGCAGGCUGAUCUUGAUAACCUUAUCAUGAGGCCAGCAUACGGAGCAGAACUGUACGCUGAGCCCCCGGGCAGGCGGGAGGAGGGCUUGUCCUCUGGUUACGACUCGCGCAGAAGAAAGCGCGGGAGUGGGACAAAGGUUGGAGGAGCCGGGGCUGCUACCAAGGUAGCUACCAAAAACGGCUCGGGCAAGAAGAACCUUAAGCCCGAGGAACACGAGGCUUCUUUUCCAAUUGAUUCGUUGAGCCAUGAUCAUGACCACCGAAGCAAACGUGGCAGUGGCACGAAAGUAGGUGGAGCCGCCGCAUCAGCCAAGACGGCGACCAAAAAUUCUGGGGGCAAUAAGAAGAAUUUUAGGCCAAUUUCUGAACGCCGCAAGCGAGACUCAGGACUAAGCGCUGCCGAUGUUCGAGCUCUUUUGAAUUUAUGGGAAGCUCAGGAGCGAAGGAAGCAAGAAAGUCAGUGGACAGCCAACCAAUGGCCUGCAGACCGUUUUUAUGGUCGCGUGAACUCCGUAGACGAUGAGCAGCCUGAGGUCGAUGAGAACGGUGACAUCUGGUACAAUGAGCCCGUGGUUCUCAACCCUCAUGAACGCGAAUACCCCCAUCAACCUUCAUACUUCUCUGAGCAGAACCGCAUGGCACUAGCUCGUGGCUACCCUGACGUGUACCCAGUCGACCCGGCUGAACUUGCCCAAAGAUAUGAGGAGGCCCGUCGCAAGCGGCAAUAUGCCAACAAGAUGAAGAGAUUUAUGGUGGCAAGGAAGCGCUCUGAUGGCAUGAUGCAUCAACCUAAUAACUACAGGCCCAGGGACGACCUUUACACGCUUGCCGAGCUGCUCCGCUCUGCACCACGUGUGCAGGAACAAGAUAUUCCAGUCUAUCGGCGACUGAUACUUUAAGUCCAUUCGUAUUUUUCGGUGUCCAUUCGUUGCAUCGCCGGAACAACUCGGAAAUGAUGGUCCUGUUGCUUCGAUGUCAGAACAAUAAAUUAGUCGGAUGGACGCCUAUGUAGCAAUUUGGGGCGGGAGAUUGUCGCGCAUUUAAUUCGCAGUUUGUAGCGGAUACCAGUUUAGUAAUAAGUAAAAUAGUAAGUAUUAGUAACAAGAUAAUACGUCUAAGUGUAUUACAAGUCAUUCUUCUUAAUAAAUGGAAAAAAGCGAAAAGGCCUAAAAAACACAAUUACCUUGUACUGAAUAUAUAGAUCAGUAUUACGAACAAUCAAUGUUUUAAGAUGGUUACCAUUAUACUUUGUUCUCUUUAGCCUAAAAUACCUACGAAUAUUUUGUGUGACUAUCCUCUACCUCGUUUCCUGCAUAUCUGUUCUGCAUUCGUACGAAUUAAUUAAUAUUCAUAAUACAUAGUAAUUAAACAUGUUACAUUAAUGUGGAAAUUUAGAAUCCGAAAUGUCUAUAUAUUUACAGUGAAGUCAAACUUCACAUUUUAUUAUAUUAAAUUAUGCCUAGUAUGGUUUAGUAUGUGUAAAUUAUAAACUUGCUGUAUUAAAUUAGUAUUAAAUGAAUAAA